AUGUAACAUACAUGCUGUUUGUCUCUCUAAACCAGGUUGUAGUAGCUGCAUUCUUAACGUGGCUGGGAUGGUUUAUUCCUGGAGAAGCCAGGAUAUACCCUAGAAUUUGGAUACCAAAAGCUAUGGACGCUUUCGAGUUUGCAUUGCAGUUCGGUAUUUCAGUGUUGGUAGUUGCCUGCCCUUGUGCUCUGGGAUUAGCAACUCCUACUGCUGUCAUGGUUGCCACUGGAAAGGGUGCUUCACAAGGGGUGCUCAUCAAAGGUGGGAAUGCACUAGAAAAAGCACACAAGGUCAAGACUGUUGUUUUUGAUAAAACCGGAACACUGACAGUUGGAAAACCAUCGGUUGUUAGUUCUGUGCUCUUUUCCAAAUUUUCCAUGGAAGAUUUCUGUGAGAUGACUAUUGCUGCAGAGGCAAAUAGUGAGCAUCCAAUCGCAAGAGCCGUUGUGGAGCAUGCAAAAAGGCUAUGCCAGAAGUAUGGAUCCCAAAAUGAACAUUUCACCGACAUUAAGGACUUUGAGGUGCACCCUGGAGCAGGGGUGAGUGGAAAAGUUGGUGACAGAACAAUUUUGGUUGGAAACAAGCGACUUAUGCGACUUUUUGAUGUCCCACUUGGUCAUGAGGUAGACGAUUAUGUGACAGAGAAUGAGCAACUGGCUCGUACUUGUGUACUUGUUUCCAUUGAUGGAAAACCUGCAGGAGCUUUCGCAGUUACUGAUCCAGUGAAGCCGGAAGCUGCACGCGUCAUAUCAUUCCUCCACUCGAUGAGCAUCUCGAGUGUCAUGGUUACAGGUGAUAAUUGGGCAACAGCAACUGCUAUAGCUGGCGAGGUCGGAAUUCAGAAGGUGUUUGCUGAAACAGAUCCACUUGGAAAAGCUGAUAAGAUAAAAGAGUUGCAGUUGAAUGGUGGAAGUGUGGCAAUGGUCGGAGAUGGGAUAAAUGACUCACCAGCCCUAGUCGCAGCAGACGUUGGCAUAGCAAUCGGCGCAGGCACUGAUGUAGCUAUAGAAGCUGCUGAUGUCGUUCUAAUCAAGAGCAGCUUGGAGGAUGUGAUCACAGCAAUAGAUCUUUCUCGUAAGACAAUGAGAAGAAUCCGGAUAAAUUAUGUCUGGGCACUCGGAUACAAUGUUCUUGGAAUGCCAAUAGCUGCUGGAAUUUUAUACCCCUUCACGGGAAUUCGUUUACCUCCUUGGCUUGCUGGUGCUUGCAUGGCUGCGUCGUCCAUCAGUGUGGUUUGUUCAUCACUCCUUUUGCAAUCUUACAAAAAGCCUUUGCAUGUCAGCAGUCCUUGAGAUUUCUAUCCAUUCAAUUCAGUAUUUUCUUACUCCCUUUAAAUUGACCUAUUGGCCUGACUUUAAUGCUUUUACUUUCAUUUGUGCAAUAUGUCAUAUAAGUCAGUCCCAUUGAAAACAGAUUAAACAUGCUCAAUGUGCGCAUGGAUAGCCGUGUGCAAGGAUUUUGUUCUCAUAAUUGUAGCAAAAUGAAGUUCUUGAUGUGUGGAGUUGAGAUUAAUGGUUUGCAUAAUGCUUUGGAAAUGACUUGUAAAUGUGAAGCACCAAUUUUUGGGACUUUUGUGUCAAUCAAAAUGCAAGGCAUCUUCUUUGAAGUGGAAA